UUCCGUCCCGUCCCCCGUGCGCCGCACCGGUUGGUUUGGUUCCCAACACGGCACCCCACCCGCCUCAACUCGACCGCCGUCCCCCCCUCCCCAACGAACUCGCUCCGACCACCCACCCACCCAUCGACUGCCUCGGCUCCGCCGGAGGCUCCGCGGGCCUCGAUCCGGUCCGGCUGCCGCGACCGCCGGCGGAUUCACCGGGGAGGGAGCGACCAUGAGCGACGUCUUCGAGGGCUACGCGGGGCAGUACUGCGAGAUCUCCGCCGCCCUCUCCCGCAAGUGCGCCGCCGCCUCCGCCCUCGACGGCGAGAAGAAGAAGCAGAAGCUGUCCGAGAUCCAGGCCGACGUGCAGGAGUCUGAAUCGCUGAUCAGGAGGAUGGAUUUGGAGGCGCGGAGCAUGCAGCCGAGCGUCAAGGCCGGGCUGCUGGCUAAACUGAGGGAGUACAAGUCUGAUCUCAACAGCGUCAAGGGCGAGAUCAAGAGGCUCUCCGCGCCUAAUGCCCAGCAGGCCACCCGGGAGGAGCUCCUCGAGUCCGGCAUGUCCGACACACUCGCGGCAUCAUCUGAUCAGAGAGGAAGAUUGAUGAUGACAUCAGAAAGGUUAAACCAGUCUUCAGACAGAAUUAGAGAAAGCCAAAGAACAGUAUUUGAGACAGAAGAAAUUGGCGUGUCAAUUCUUCAGGACCUUCAUAAUCAACGACAGUCACUGCUGCAUGCUCACACAACAUUGCAUGGUGUGGACGACUACAUCGGCAAAAGCAAGAAGAUCCUGGCUUCCAUGUCCAAGAGGAUGGACAGGAACAAGUGGAUCGUCGGCGGCAUCAUUGCGACCCUCGUCUUUGCCAUCCUCUUCAUAUUGUACUUCAAGUUUGCUUAACCAUUCCAAAUGCAGCAUGUGCCUGAAUUCAGAAUGUUUGUGUGUGUGGAACAUGAUGUAUAGUGACACUUGCCAGUUGCCAUGUAAAACACAAAAUAUUUGAAAGAUGUGUUCGAGGCUUCUGUAAA